UAUAAAUGAAAUUCAAAAUUAUUUGAUCUUAAAUUAAAAAAGUGUAUGGUAACAAAGGGGGCUGUCAGACAGCUGCAAGCUGAUCUUACUUCAGAUGAAGAGUUCGAUGAAUAUCUUCAGAAUCACCGUGGUCUUUUAGUUUUGGACGUUUAUACAGAAUGGUGUGGACCCUGUUUAGGUAUGGUAAAUAUUUUAAGAAAAAUUCAAUUGGAUGUGGGACUAAAUGAAAUCAAUUAUGCUAAAUGUAAAGCGGAUUCUAUAUCGUACUUACAUAGAUUUUAUAGGAGAAGCGAGCCAACAUGGCUCUUUGUAAAAAAUAGAAAAGCUAUAAAUUUGUGUUUUGGUGCAAACGUUUCGAAAUUGGUAAAAAUGAUAAAUAAGGAACUUAAAAUAAAGAAGGAAGAUCGAACUUAUUACGAAAUCGCUGAAUUACAACCAAUGGAAGUAGCAGCGCUACAAAAAAGGCAACAUGAAUUAGCGGAGGCAGAACGUAUUCAAAAAGAAGAAGAGGAACAAAAACGUCAUACGUACGUAACCUAUAUUACAGACUUAAUAAUGGAGAACAUGGAAGAUAUUGGAGUGACAAUUUUCGGACCACACGUUGGUCGAGAAGCUUUUAGGAAGAUAAUUGCUCCAGCUGAAAUGCGCAAAAUUCAAUGCGUAGACCGCCAUGUAGUUCCUGUUAAGAAAGAAGAUUUUGAUGUGAUAAACUUAUACUGCGCUAAUCCAUUGGAAGAAAAUGUGAUUAACUAUUUGGAUGGACAGCAACUGUUUAUGUGUUUAUGGAAAACACCAAAUCGUACAUUAGUUAGUGCGGCUUUAACCGACUUCGCAAAGGAAUUAACACGAUUGCCUGUAAAAGAAGAGGGAGAUUCAAUAUAUCCAAUAUUAAAAACACUGGAAUUACCACUAUUUGAUGAACCAACAGAACCAGAAGAAAAGGAAGAUAUAACAAAAUCGCUUGGGACAAAUAUUUUUGAAACGAAAAAAUUACAUGAAUCAAUCAUUUCUGACACGAAAAAAUCGCAUGUUUCAAACAUUUUUGAUGUUGCAUACCAACAUGAUUUGGAAGAAUUAGACAUGGAAGAGGGACUAUAUUUGGAAGAAUAUGAGGAAGAAUAUGAAAUGAUAGAAUAUGAGUCUGAAGUGAAGGAAAAAUCAGUAUACACCAAACUCAAAACUCGACCAGAAAUAUUGAGCAUUAAACCAAAAACCAUGCAAAUUCCUGCAAUUUGGGUACCAAGUGAUCCGAGAACUCAUGCUGCCCUAAUAUAUAAGUAUUUUCGCAACCAUACCAAAACUUUCUUGCCUCCUGAUCCAGUACCGGAACCUCCAUCCAUUAUUAUGACAUUCGAUACACAUAAGAAGAAACAUAUUUUAAACAUUAUGAAGUCAAACGAAUCUGACAUAUUAAAUUUCGGAUUCUUUACGAGCGAUGAACCAGAAACCGCAAAACUAAUAGCGAAAACACCCGAGAAAUAUAAUACAUUACCGUCACUUAUGGAUGAUAAAAUUGUUCUUAGGGUCAAAAAGGAAACAUCAAAUACUAUGCUGGCACUUGCUGCUUAUAAUCCAACUUAUGUCAGCACUUCACCUGAAAUUGGAUUUGAAGAAGCACAAAUAUUUUUCCCAGAAGAUCAAAUUACUGCAAUAGAUGAAAUAAGGGAAUUAUAUCAAAACCUAACGCCUGUUGAAACUAAACCAAAAGUUAUUGAACCAGUAAAAAAGAAGGAAGUCGAAACUAAGAUUCGUCAUCGACAAAACUUAAAUAAAUCAGAAGCUGCACGGAGCUCCAAAGUAACAACAAUAAUACCAAAAUCAGUUUCUAAUGAAUAUGCAGAUAUAGGACACGAAAGUAUGGAUCAAAAAAGACUCACAUCUAAAUCAAGUAUUUCAAGUACAAAGUCACGAAUGUCACGAAUGUCGCGAAUGUCACGAAUGUCACGAAUAUCACGAAUGUCCAGUAAAAAAUACUCUGUGUAUGAAAUGGAAGAGGACAGUUACAUUGAAGAGCAAGAAUCAAACAUCUCACAAACUUCGAAAAACAAUUCACGUACCUCCAAUAGAGAAAUCUCAGAGAUUGCAGUAGAAGAAGAGUACACCAUUGAUGAGCUAGAAAUAAAUGAAGCUGAGAAAUCCGACACUUCACUGAAAAGUUCAAAAGUAAAGUCACCAACCCCCAGUAGGAAAACAUCUGUAUCGAAUAGAGAGAACUCAGCUGAAUCCCUUACUACACGCUCUUUGUAGUUCAAACAGUGUUGCGAUAUGAGUAUGAAUAUAUAUAUAUAUAUAU